AUGAGAAAUCUUUAAUUUGUUGAUAACACUGCAAAAGGAUAAAAUAAUACUAAUUCUACUGCUGCUAGUAAUGCUAAUAAUAACAACUCAACUAAUACAAAGACUAACUCUACUAAUGUGGUUAAUAACAGCACUAACUCUACUAAUGCAGGUAAUGCCAAUAAUAACUCCACUAAUGCAGGUAAAAACAGCACUAACUCUACUAAUUCAGGUAAUACCAAUACUAACUCCACUAAUUCUGGAAGUGGCAAUAAUACCAAUACUAACUCUACUAAUUCAGGUAAUACCAAUACUAACUCCACUAAUUCUGGAAGUGGCAAUAAUACCAAUACUAACUCCACUAAUUCAGGAAGUGGUAAUAGUACAAAUACUAACUCCACUAAUUCAGGAAGUGGUAAUAACAACAAUACUACUCCAACAAAUCCCCCAAAAAAAAUAUGCAAUCCCUUUACUGGAGAAUGUUGCAUUGUAUAUGAUCCUAAUAAUACUGAUUGCAGUUGCUGGUACUAUAUUUUAGUUGAUAAUAAUUUUGUAGCUUAUUACAUUUGCGAUCAAUAAUGA